AAUUCGGAUGUGUCUCACUCUGCACGGAAGUGGAUGAAAAGCCGAGGGUGUUUAUACACACCCGGAAGUGGGUCCACUGUCUAGCGCUGUCUAAGAGGGUGGAUUAGUUACUAAGUUGGCAUAGUGAGCUGGUAUUCACGAGCCACCCGGUGAGGGGCUGAGCAGAGAUGGCUGCCAACGGGACAACUUUACAGAAAGCCAUAGAUCUGGCCAGCAAAGCGUCUCAGGAAGACAAAGCAGGAAACUAUGACGAAGCUCUUCGAUUAUAUCAAGCUGCUGUCCAGUAUUUUCUUCACGUGGUGAAAUAUGAUGCACAAGGUGAAAAGGCAAAACAGAGCAUCAGGUCAAAGUGCAUAGAGUAUCUAGACCGAGCGGAGCAGCUGAAAGCGUACCUGAAGAAAGCUGAAAAGGCCCCUCCAAAACCAGUCAAGGAAGGAGCGCCUCGGGCUGCUGAAGAUAAAGGAAAUGAAAGUGAUGAUGGAGAUUCCGAGGACCCAGAGAAAAAGAAAAUGCAGAGCCAGCUCCAAGGUGCCAUUGUCAUGGAAAAACCAAACAUCAAGUGGAAUGAUGUUGCAGGAUUGGAAGGCGCUAAAGAAGCACUAAAAGAAGCUGUCAUUUUACCAAUAAAAUUCCCUCAUCUGUUUACAGGCAAGAGAACUCCCUGGAGAGGAAUACUUCUUUUUGGACCACCAGGGACAGGGAAGUCCUACCUGGCUAAAGCUGUGGCUACAGAGGCAAACAAUUCCACAUUCUUUUCAAUAUCUUCUUCUGACCUGGUUUCCAAAUGGUUGGGAGAAAGUGAAAAGUUGGUGAAGAAUUUAUUUCAGCUUGCCAGGGAGCACAAGCCGUCAAUCAUCUUCAUUGAUGAGGUUGAUUCGCUGUGUGGCUCAAGAAGUGAGAAUGAAAGUGAAGCUGCCAGGAGGAUCAAAACUGAAUUCUUGGUCCAAAUGCAAGGUGUUGGAAUUGACAAUGAAGGUAUUUUAGUACUUGGAGCCACAAAUAUACCUUGGGUGCUGGAUUCCGCAAUUAGGAGACGAUUUGAAAAGCGAAUUUACAUUCCAUUACCAGAAGAACAUGCCCGGACGGAUAUGUUUAAACUCCAUCUGGGAACGACUCCACACAGUCUUACAGAUGCUGACUUUCGGGAGCUUGGGAAAAAAACUAAUGGAUAUUCUGGUGCAGACGUCAGCAUUAUUGUACGUGAUGCCUUAAUGCAACCAGUCAGAAAAGUUCAGUCGGCUACUCACUUUAAAAAGGUAAAUGGUAAAUCUCCACUUGAUCCUAAUGUAAUUUGUAAUGAUUUACUUACUCCAUGUUCUCCUGGAGAUCCUAACGCUGUUCCAAUGACGUGGAUUGAUGUUCCUGGAAAUAAGUUAUUGGAGCCGAUUGUGUGCAUGUCUGACAUGCUGAGGUCACUAGCGAACACCAAGCCUACUGUAAACGACCAGGAUCUGGAGAAAUUAAAGAAAUUCACAGAUGACUUUGGACAGGAAGGUUAAACAGAGUUAAAGGAGUUCCUGCAAGGUUGCCUUUGAUAGCUUUUCCUCUUAAUAGGUGUUCUUACUUUCCAUGGCACUACACAAUGAACUGCCAGUAAAACUGAUCUUACAAGUGAUACCUUCUAUCAGCUGUCUUCUUGUAUCCUCCCAAAACAUAAGACUUCUUUCUAUGUGUAGCCCUCAGACAAUAAGUCCUUUAAUCAGACCUUAAGGCAUUCCACAGCAUGCCCAGCUUUGUGUAACUGGAAGGUGUGAUACUGUACAUGGACCCUUGUCCGUUCAGAUGGAGAAGAAAGUUGGCGCCGUUGAUUUGCAGUAAAUCACGGACCGAAUAAAUUUUGUGCAAUCAGUCCUUUUAUUCAUGUAACAUUUGUUGGUGGUUAACUUCAAUAUUUAAAUAUAUUGGCUUAAAAUGUUGAUAUAUUUUCUAAGAUUAUCAAAU